GUCAAUACAAAUGUCUCUGGAAACCCAUACUGGCACCAAAAGGAGCCUUGAUACCGGAGACGGUGAUACUAAGCGGUUAAAGCCGGAGCCUGGCUUAUCGACUUCCACAGAUGACUUGGAGUCGUUGAAACAGCUGAUAAAAGCCGAACUUCUAGCAUCUUUUGAAGACAAGUUCGCCGCCAUACACAGUGAACUAAACGACUUGAAAAACAAAUACAACCUGCUCAUCAAACCAAACCCGCCCCCAUUGCCACCACGUGACACAUCCACAGUGGCCACCGCCCCCACCUUUGGCGCUGUCUCGAAACCUCCGGUGUUGAAUCGAGUUUCUGAGAAUGGAACCCCAGAACUAUCCAAACCAAAACACACAUUUGGCGGAACCCUGUUCGACUUCAAGCCCGCUGUCGCUACCCCCACAACUUCGUUAGCCGACGAAAACCGAGUCACAGAUACUCCAAAGGACAAGUCUGAUGGCUCUACCAACUCCACUCCUGGUAAACAUGUGUUUGGAGCUACCACGUCAUUCGGCAACGCUUCUGUGUUGAACAAAAUGGCGGAAAGAAAGAACGUCUUUGCCGACUUACCGUCUUCGGCUUCUGUCAAUGCGGGCCUGGCCUCUUCGUUCGGUGCCAACACCAAAUUUUCCAAUGCAUUCCGCAACUCUACUGCAAAGAAAUCGUUUUUAGACGAGGAGCCACAAAAAGACUCAGAAGAAGAACCUCAGGAUGGCCAGCCUUCUCAGCAGUACAAACAAGUGGACUUGGAGCCCGUCAAAAACACCACGGGUGAGGAAGAUGAAAAGUCACAUUUCAACUCACUUUGUAAGUUGUUUGAACUCGACUUUGAACAUAUGAAGGACGGGUGGAAAGAACGUGGGUUGGGCCAGAUACAUUUGAACCAGUCGAUCAAAGAUCCUACACAGGUGAGGUUGGUGAUGAGGUCGCACGGGUUAUUGCGAGUGAUAUUAAACUCCAAGAUCACCAAGAAUACCGAAACUCACAAGGGGCUAGAGGCCAGCUUGACACCUGGAAAGUUCUUUCGGUUCAAUGCGGUUAAUGAGUGUGGGCAGCCAGUGCAGUAUUUGUUGAAGUUUUCUAACGAGGGACUUCGAGAUGACUUGGUGGAGAAGAUUGAGAAUUUAAAGGACCAGAUGGAGAAGUAGAGCCCAAAGCGAAGAGAAGUCGAACACAGACUCCUUGUACUAUUUACUGCUCGCUACUUGUAUACUUAUAAAGUCGGUAAAUACAACUGUGCUACACUUGUAGUACUAAAUAUAAUAUACAUCUCAUUGUACUCU